UUAAUUAAAUAUAUCAAGAAAAGGCCGAAAAGGGCUCUCCGCGGAUUCAGAUAAAGUUUCCAUUUCAUCCAUCUCUGUUUCCUCCGUCUCUCCUCUGCUCUGCCUCUCGAACUCUCUGCUAUCCUCUCGAUCGAUUCUGACCCGUCUGCUCAAGCUUCAUCCCCGCGACUCCCGUGCAAGCGACCGAGAGAGGUGGAUCCGAAAUGGACGGCGGCGGCUCUCCGGGUAUGGCGGUGGAGGCGCAGUACAUAAGCCGGCACCACAGGCAUCAGCCGGCCCCCAACCAGUGCACCUCCGCUCUCAUCAAGCACAUCAAAGCCCCUGUCCACCUGGUGUGGUCUCUUGUGAGGCGGUUCGAUCAGCCACAGAGGUACAAGCCGUUCAUCAGCAGGUGUAUUAUGAAUGGGGAACUGAGCAUCGGGAACGUGAGAGAAGUGAAUGUGAAGUCGGGACUUCCUGCUACAACCAGCACCGAGAGAUUGGAACUCCUUAAUGAUGAGGAGCACAUCCUUGGUAUUAGGAUUGUCGGUGGCGAUCACCGCUUGAGGAACUACUCUUCGAUCAUGACUGUUCAUCCAGAGGUUGUUGAUGGCAGACCGGGGACACUUGUGAUUGAGUCAUUCAUCGUGGAUGUGCCUGAAGGCAAUACAAGGGAUGAGACUUGCUACUUUGUUGAGGCCUUGAUCAAGUGCAACCUCAAAUCCUUGGCUGAUGUGUCUGAGAGGAUGGCAAUUCAGGACAGGACCGAACCCAUAAACUGAUUCCAAGUGUCGUGUAUCGAGAUAGUUAGUGGAGGUUUGGCAGAAAGAAGUUGGGUAUCUUUUUAGGUGCUCUAGAGAGAAGAGAGAGAGAGAGAGAGAGAGAGAGUCAAGAGCAGUGUAUCGAUGUCACUAGAAGUUUCACAUACAUGGGCGAAGGCUGCUGUGUCCCAGUGUUUGGAAAUCCUCAACUCUCUGGCACUUCCUUCAUUCUUCGACAGAAGUCUCAGAGAGGUGACUACAAGAAAUGCCUGUUUUUCUGCAGACCGUUGGCACUAAGUCUGGAUUUGUACAUGGUAGUUCCUAUGCACCAAAGCUGGUCAUCUGUAAAUUUUAAUGUGGACGAAACCAUGUCUUUGUGUUCUUGGGUUGAUGCCGUACUUCCAGCUUUGAAGUGUAGGAGAUCUAAGAGACCGAACUUUAGCGCGUUUCCGCCUCCGUUUUGCUCUGUUUGUGUAUACUGUUGUGAUAUUAAUGAUGGCCUUGUGUA